UUUCUUGAAAAUAAUAAUUAUUUUGUACUUCGCCACCUCCGAGCUCCGGUGCAGAACUCAGCUAGCUGGAGUGGUGACGAGGAAAGAAGCCUUUUCUGUAAUGAACUCCAAGCCUAUGUAGUGUUUAUUAUGGCGUUGCAAGAAGGGCCUGGUGUUAGCUAGCGAUCCUAAAUAGUUGGUGUUUUGAAGGCUGAGGGACAAUGGCGUCUAAGACUGAGAAAACUGGGAGCAAGCAGCAAGAGGAGGUGCUGGAUGACGACGAGAGGGAGCUGGAUUGCUCUAGUUACCGAACCAAUCGCUGUGCAACGUUUUUCUACUAUGUCGGCGUGAUAUUUACUCUCGGUGGCCUGUGGCUUUUGUGCCGCUGGCGGCCAGCGUGGCGUGUAUAUAUUACUUGCGACAAGGCCCCAUUGAACUCGGCAGAUCAAGUUGUCUUCAAGGACAAGUAUGGAGAUCCCGUCACUGAAGAAGUGUUCGAGGAAGAGCUACGUGUGGACAAUCCCUCCCCGGGAACUAACCAUGAGAUGGUGGUGAAUGCUAGCAGUGAGGAGCAUUUGAAUCUGAUUGAUGCCAUGGAACCCACCGACAGUGCCAUCAGUGAGGGAGAGUCCAGUGCACUGUUGUACUCGGAUGAAGACACCCUGCCUCGCCGUGCUCGCUUUCUCAUCCACCACAAGCUACGCUACAUUCUGGACGAGCGGACACAGAAGUUCGUUCCAUUGAAGGCACUGGACUGCGGCGUGGCAUGCUCCUCAAUACGGCGACGGCGCAAUGGAUUAACUCCAGUCGAAUAUACCAGGCAGAAAAUGAUGUUUGGCUCAAACUCAAUGGACGUUGAAGUCAAGCCGUACUACAAGCUCAUUAUUGAUGAGGCUCUAGAUCCUUUCUACAUCUUUCAGGCGUUCAGCUUGCUAGUCUGGGCUGAAGUGUACUAUGUCUAUGCUGGCUGCAUUCUUGUCAUCUCUUUGAUCUCCAUAAUCACGGCCGUCGUGGAAGUUAGGCGGCAUUUGACCAACCUGCGCGACAUGGUGGCCAAGCCGUCCACCGUCAAAGUGAUGCGCUGCGGCGAAGAUGUCAAGGAGGUAUCCUCUCUGGAGCUGGUGCCAGGCGACAUUCUCGUCAUAUCGUCACGCGGCCUGGAGUUGCCUUGCGACGCUGCUCUGCUCUCUGGCGCCUGCGUUGUGAACGAGAGCAUGUUGACUGGCGAGAGUGUGCCGGUGACCAAGAUGCCGCUUCCCGACCUGCCCUCGCCGCACGAUCCAGCCACGCAUCCUUCCAACCAGUACUGUCCGUCACGGCACAAGCGGCACACGCUCUUCUGCGGAACCAAGGUGAUACAGACACGCACGUUUGACCGUGACUUCGCCCUGGCCAUUGUCAUACGCACAGGUUUUACCACUGCCAAGGGUAGUCUGGUCCGCUCCAUUCUGUUCCCCAAGCCUGUUGGUUUCCAGUUCUUCCGUGAUGCCCUGCGCUUUGUCGGUGUUCUCGCCAUUCUAGCUGUGCUGGGCAUGAUUUACAGCUUCGUCACCCUUUUCCGGUUUGGCGUGGAUACUGAAGCAGCCAUCCUGCGAGCACUGGACAUUGUGACGAUCGCAGUUCCGCCUGCUCUGCCAGCAGCCAUGACAAUCGGAAUGGUAGCAGCGCAGCGACGGCUGAAAAAGAAAAACAUCUUCUGCAUCAGUCCACCGAGGAUCAAUGUGUGUGGUAAACUGAAGCUGUUUUGCUUUGACAAGACGGGUACAUUAACUAAUGACGGCAUGGACCUCACAAGCAUUUACCCCACGGAGCAAUCACGGUUUGUGAGUCAUGUAGAGGACUGCUCUGGCCUAGUGGAUCAUGAGCUCUUGCUUCACUGUAUGGCCACUUGUCACUCGUUGAACAUCAUUGACGAUGAACUUGUCGGCGAUCCGCUAGAUCUGAAGAUGUUUGAAGCCACCAAAUGGGUAUUUGAAGAGCGCUCAUCGGAGACACGCUGGGACCCGAGUGUAAUGUCUAUCGUGCGCCCGGCCGAUGUGGAGCCGUUCAACUUGGACAAGGGUCUAGAGGGUCUACCCGGUCUGCAACUGGGCAUCAUGCAGCAAUACACGUUCAGCUCUGAGCUGCAGCGUAUGAGUGUGCUCGUGCAGCGUCUUGGGGCCGCUCGUCAAGCUCACGUCUUCUGCAAGGGAGCUCCAGAGAUGGUGGUCAGCCUAUGUGACCCUGGCACUGUUCCUAACGACUUUGCCCAGGUGCUGGUAAGCCUGACACAGAAAGGCUAUCGUGUCCUGGCCUGUGCUAGCAAGGCACUGUGCAUGCCCUGGCACACAUACAGGAAUAUGGCAAGAGUGGAUGCUGAGAAGGACCUGAGCUUCCUUGGCCUUCUUGUCAUGUGCAACACGCUCAAACCGGAGACGGCGCCCAUCAUUCGCGAGCUGCAUGACGCCGACAUUCGCACUGUCAUGGUCACAGGUGACAACAUCCAAACUGCGGUCAGCGUUGCUCGGGAAUGUGGAAUGAUCCGCUCCCAUCAGAAGGUGGUUAUGUUAACGGCUCACAAAGCGCAGAGUGAUGACACUGCUACAGUUAACGGAGAUGCCACCCCCGGCAAGAACGGCGGAGGUGUGGGCCCACAGCCGGCAGAAGAAACGCCUUCCACAGCCGCAGCAGUAGCCACUUCACUACCUGUAAUCCAGUUCUCAGCCGUUGGUGAACCCACAGACGCAAUGUCACAGUCACUUGGCCUACCCACUCACGGACAUCCUGGUAUCCCAUCGUAUCAGAACGGCAGCAGCAACGGCUCUCCAGCGACCGAUGUAGCCAGUCUUGUGUCGCCCAGCGGUGUGUUGAGCACCGUGCGGCUGGCCAUAUCUGGUAAGUCGUUUGCCUUGGUGCGCCAGUACUAUCCCGACCUGCUCAAGAGACUCAUGCUGCGUGGCUCCGUGUUUGCACGCAUGGCGCCGGAACAGAAGACGCAGCUAGUGCAAGAAUUCCAAUCCCUCGGCUAUGGCGUUGGUAUGUGUGGCGAUGGGGCUAACGACUGUGGAGCAUUGAAGGCAGCUCAUGCUGGAAUUUCACUGUCAGAGGCGGAAGCAUCCAUAGCCAGUCCCUUCACGUCCAAAGUGCCCAACAUUGAAUGCGUGCCAACUUUGAUUAGGGAGGGGCGUGCAGCUCUGGUCACUUCGUUCAGUGUCUUCAAGUUCAUGGCGCUUUACAGCAUCAUUCAGUUUGUCUCCAUCCUCAUCCUGUAUUCGUUUGAUAGCAAUCUCGGUGAUCGCCAGUACCUCUACAUUGAUCUCAUUCUCAUCCUGACGUUCGCCUUUGUCAUGGUUCGUACACACGCCUACCCGCAUCUAGCCCGUCGUCGACCACCCGGCAGCCUGUCUGGUAUCCAGGUGCUGACGUCGCUGCUCACGCAGAUUGUCAUACAGACGGCAUUCCAGGCCGGUGCGUUUGAGUACCUCAAGUCGCAGCCGUGGUUUGUUGCACUGCAGCCAAAGGACGACAGCGACAACAUAGUGUGCAUGGAGAAUUAUGUCGUCUUCUUCAUGUCUUCCUAUCAGUACAUUUGGGUGGCGCUGGCGUUCUCGGCUGGACGUCCUUAUCGACUAGCAUUCUACACUAACUAUUUGUUCCUGGUCUCUCUGAUGGUCCUGUUUGGCCUGACAACCUGGCUGCUAUUCUACCCGCCCGACAAGCUAGUCACCUUCAUACAGCUGGACCCGAGGAUGCAGAAGUUCUGGUUGUUCAAUGUCGCUUUGCUUGAGUUGACUCUGCUCAACCUGGCUAUCUCCGUUAUCACAGAGUUCUUUGUUCUGCCAAGCACGCCGGUAGUGAAUUUGCUUCGACACAUGCGUCGCAAGAAGCAGCCCAAGAACGCGUAUAAGCUGGUGGAGCGAGAGAUCCAGGCUGACCCACACUGGCCACAACUGGACACGGGUAGCACUGGCAAUGUAGCAAUCAACGAUCCUCGCAGCACUUUGUCCAACACACAACAUCUACAGCAACCAUCCAGGAGUGCCAGGGCAGGCAGCACUGCUUCGACUAACGGCAGCCGCUCAGCCAGCUUGAGGACAGUGGAAGCUAGCUGUUGAUUUCCUUUACUGCAAUUGUACAUAUCCGUUUACAUUGCUAGAUAUAGAGGCCAUAAUUUUUUUAAGCAAUGCAUAAUACCAAGAGUUCAUAACCCCAGGGUUAUGAACUCUUGAUAUUACCGAAUUCCAACCAAAACGGUUGGAAGCAAUGCAUGAAACAGAACACCAUCAUGGGUUGCUCGUGUUCUUCUUUUGUUUAUCAGCCAAAACUGCACGACGGGUAUUUUCAUUUUUUUUUUACAACGGAAUGUGUGCUAGAUUCAGAACGAUGUGUUUGUUUGUUUUUUUCAAGAUAAAGUUUUAACCGAUGUGUUUGUUACCAUUCUCAAGAUAAAGUUUUAACCGAUGUGUUUGUUACCAUUCUCAAAUUAACGUUUCAACCUGUUUGUUACCAUUCUCGAGAUACGUUUUAACGCUACACUAGUCAUGCACACUUUACGAUAUUUUUAAUGAAUGGUUUUUACUACUUCUUGAAUCAACCCAGAGAAUUUCUCUACCUCCGUGGGUGUUUAUAACAUCUUGUUCAUUCUGUCAACUCGCAGAGUCACUGUUCGCUCCCGAUCAUCAUUUUUUAGAGCAUUCUUACUUUUCUGCUUUCGAUGAGUUACUUUCCUUUAGCUAUCAAAAUUUGCAGGACCGCUAUUCUUAGAGCAGGAAUAUUUUCUCCUUUUGAUCAGUUUCCUUUCUUCACUUUUGGUCCUGCUUCCCGUCAUGGUGUGUACGUGGGAAUACUUCAAAAACUGGUUCAUAAUAGCAUAUAGACCAGAUAAACUCAGGAACAUGUUUGAUCCAUGGCAAUGAAGACCGCAGCGGCUGUGUUUCCUCGUGGAGGGAUUAUAUAAAAAAUACAACACGAAAUUCACUGUUCGCUCCCGAUCAUCAUUUUUUAGAGCAUUCUUACUUUUCUGCUUUCGAUGAGUUACUUUCCUUUAGCUAUCAAAAUUUGCAGGACCGCUAUUCUUAGAGCAGGAAUAUUUUCUCCUUUUGAUCAGUUUCCUUUCUUCA